AUUUACCGUAACAUCUUCUUCAAUUUCCUCCAGAGCUACAGUUUUAAGAGGCCAGAGGGUUACAGUCGUUCCACGACAGGAGAAGGGCAGCGUCCUCGUGGUCGGACCGGAACAAGAAGCCAUCCGGUGGAACCGGUGAACUACGCUUGCUUCUGGAUAGCUGUGCGGGACAGAUGGCUCGUAGUACUUGCUGCCCUCCCCCUUCCUCUGCUUUGAUAUCCGUGUGAACGGAGAAUGGGCAGAAGGGAAGGCCGGUUAGUCGCGUUUCCCGGCCCGGAUUCCGGCCACAUUGGAAUAAUGAAGGGAGCGGGAGGGAAGACUCUACUACCGAAACCAGCAAUCGCAAGGUAGAAAAGUGUGUGGUUGAUCUUCAGACAUAUGCAAGAAUAGAUAUUUAAGGAAUCAAAGAAGGUUGUUAUUGUUCACCUGUCAUAACUUUUUCCAAUGGGAAGCUUCAAUCUUAUGACCCCUUCAUCUGAAGUUCGAUGCAGCAGCUCCAACACCUUGUUCCAUGUCCAAGAAAAGUUACAUUUACCAAGUUCUUCCUUGAAGUUUUAUGGUUUUCAUAAUCAAAAUUACUGUAAAUUGUCAAGUAUGGACACUGAAGCAUCAAGGAAGCCUAAACAUGUGACUUUUUGUCUUCAAGGAAAGUCUGAUUUGGUGGAAUCACCUCAUCCAAAGGGAAAGAUUGUUGUUGGGGAGAGAUGUGUGCGGACUUUGUUGAUUGAUAAUUAUGAUAGUUACACAUACAAUGUUUAUCAAGAAUUGGCUGUUAUCAAUGGAGUUCCUCCAGUGGUGAUUCACAAUAAUGAGUGGAAUUGGGAGUAUAUUUGUCAUCUUUUGUAUGAAGAGAAAGCUUUUGACAAUAUUGUUUUGUCACCUGGCCCUGGAACUCCAACAUCUCCAUCAGACAUAGGCAUAUGCUUACGGAUAUUGAGGGAAUGCAAGGAUGUUCCUAUCUUGGGUAUUUGUCUUGGUCACCAGGCAUUGGGAUAUGCACAUGGAGCUCAAAUAGUUCAUGCACCUAGUCCAAUCCAUGGUCGUCUAAGUGAAAUUGAGCAUUGUGGUACGAAGUUAUUUCAUGGCAUCCCAUCUGGACAAGGUUCUGGUUUCAAGGUUGUGCGAUAUCAUUCACUUGUCAUAGAUGCAGUUUCCCUCCCUGUGGUACUUACACCAAUUGCUUGGACAUCUUCUACACGCACCUAUUCAUAUCUUGAAACUGAAGAAUGUAGAAUAGGGUCUCAUUUUGACGAUAUACCAACUGGUCAUACAGAUAAUGGGCACAGCCGGUGCUUCCAGAGUGCUAAGGGGGUUGAUGUGGACAAAGUCCUAAUGGGUAUAAUGCAUGCAACCAGGCCUCACUAUGGUGUGCAGUUUCACCCAGAGAGUGUUGCAACUUGUUAUGGGAGGCAAAUACUUGAAAAUUUUCGGAAGAUCACAUUGGACUACUGGUCUGACUUGUCCUCGAUACAUCAAGGAAAGGUGGCUCAUGUUUGUUCCAGUGAUAGAGCACUUCUGGAAAAAAAAUUUCGAGUCCUGAAUGAACGUAGCAGCAGUUUUUCCGAUAUGCAUCAAAGAGUUGUGAAUGCACAUAAAAAUCUUACAUUGAAAUGGAGAAAGUUGGAAGCUUUUGCUAAUCAAGUUGGUGGAUCAGAGUCUAUAUUCUGUGAACUGUUCGGUAGUCAAAAGGCCAAGGACACCUUUUGGUUGGACAGCUCGUUCAUGGACCAGAGAAGGGCACGCUUCUCAUUUAUGGGUGGUGUUGGUGGUCAACUUUGGAAACGGUUCACAUUUAGGCUAUCAAAAAAUGAUGAUGCCACUGCCCAAGGUAGUGGAUACCUUUCAUUUGAAGAUGCUUAUGGCUUGAGGGGAAGUACAUUUUUGGAAAAGGGAUUCCUUGAUUUUCUUGAAAAGGAACUCCUGUCCUUUCACCAUCGAAAAGAAGAGUUUGAAGGUUUGCCUUUUGACUUUGUUGGAGGAUACGUUGGUUUCUUAGGAUAUGGUAUCAAGGAGGAAUGUGGCAUGUCUCCUAAUUCUCACAUUUCUGAAACCCCAGAUGCGUGCUUCUUCUUUGUUGAUCAAUUUGUUGUUGUUGAUCAUACCAACCAUGAUGUCUACAUACUAUCUGUCUGCGAUCAUGCAUCCACAUCUAGCACUGGGAGGUCUGAUCAUGUCCGAAGUGAAAGAUCAUGGUUGGACGAGACAGAGGCAAAACUUCUUAAUCUGAAAAUGAUGACAAAUGAGAAUGAUAGAAAGACACAGUUUGUUCCAUUAACAUUGGCAGAUUAUGAUGAGGCCUUUAGUAUGGAAAAGUCAAGAAGUGAGUAUCUGGAAGAUGUUAAAAGAUGCAUGGCCUAUAUCAAUGAUGGUGAAAGCUAUGAGUUGUGCUUAACAAUGCAGAUGAAGAAAAAGAUAAAAAAAUUGGAUGCUCUUGGCCUAUAUUUAUAUUUGAGGGCAAAAAAUCCAGCCCCAUAUGCUGCUUGGCUUCAUUUCUCUGAUGAAGACUUGUUUAUCUGCUCUUCUUCCCCUGAAAGGUUCUUGCAGUUGGACCGGGAUGGUGUUUUAGAAGCAAAGCCAAUUAAGGGCACAAUUGCUCGUGGAUCAUCAAGAGACAAAGACGAUCAUCAAAAAUGGCUCCUGCAAAACAGUGAGAAGGACCAAGCAGAAAACUUAAUGAUCGUAGACCUAUUGAGGAAUGAUCUGGGUCGAGUAUGUGAACCAGGUUCAGUGCAUGUGCCACGUCUCAUGGAAUUGGAGACAUAUGCCACUGUUCAUACUUUGGUGAGUACAAUCAGGGGAAAGAAAAGGAAAGAUGUAUCAUCUGUUGCCUGUGUUAGAGCUGCCUUUCCAGGAGGUUCAAUGACUGGUGCACCAAAGCGGCGAUCUGUUGAGAUCCUUGAUUCUCUUGAGGAUAGUAGCAGAGGUAUUUACUCCGGCUGCAUUGGGUUCUUCUCUUAUAACCAGACAUUUGAUUUGAACAUUGUGAUUAGAACCAUUGUUAUCCACAAAAAUGAAGCUUCAAUAGGCGCUGGUGGGGCUAUUGUGGCUCUGUCAAAACCAGUGGAUGAGUAUGAAGAGACCAUGUUGAAGGCAUCUGCAUUAAUGAAAGCCAUGGUUGAGUAUGAAAGCUUGUCCGAAGAUUCCAGUUCCAUUGUUUGAAGAAGCGUAUGUUGUAUUGGAACAUUCUUUCUAUUUCAUUUAAAGAUCAAUUCAUGUUCUGCUAUUGUGCAGCUACAUAAUAAACGAUUCUUCUGUAUAUAUAGAAUAUUCAAUAAACAGCAAUGAUCUUGUUUUAUUA